GGUUAAGUUAGAUAUAUACCGUAAUAUGAUAUAAGCACAUGUUGUCUCUACUUUAUAUUUUCUUCAAAUUGUAUAAGAUAUCUUAAAAUAAUAAAAUGGGUAAAGCAAAGAAAAUAAAAGUGUCAAAAAGUGAAAUUAAGCAACCAAAAAUAGCUUUAGGUGAUCAAAUAGAAGAAGAAAAAAAUAUAAAAUCGAAAAAAAGACAGAAAAUUAAAAUUCGUAAUGAAGAUGACGAUAAGUUUGUGGAUCCUGUUCUUACAAAACGAAUUUUAUCUCAAGCCAGACAACAACAAAUGGAAAUUGAAGAGGAAAAUGGAAUCGGACAAUCAAAAUCUAUAAAAAAACCAAUUAUAAAACUUAAUAAUAGUACUGAAUUUAGUGAUGUAGAAGAACAAUCAAGUGAAGAUGAACAAGAUAUUACACAAUAUUAUGAAAAUAUCGAAAUAAAUGAAGAAGAUGAGCGAGCUAUCCAAAUGUUCAUGUCUAAGGAUCCUACACCUAUGAAAACAUUAGCUGAUAUUAUAUUAGAAAAAUUAACAGAAAAGAAAACGGAAAUUGAAACUCAAUUUUCAGAUGUUGGCUCUUUUCAAAUGCAAGAUUUAGAUCCAAGAGUUAAAUCAAUGUACGAAGGUGUUAGAGAUGUAUUAUCAAAAUAUCGUAGUGGAAAAUUACCUAAAGCAUUUAAAAUUGUUCCUAGUUUAAGAAAUUGGGAACAAAUAUUGUAUAUUACAGACCCACCAAGAUGGUCGGCUGCAGCAAUGUAUCAGGCUACUCGAAUAUUUGCCUCCAAUCUUAAAGAAAAAAUGGCCCAAAGAUUUUAUAAUUUAAUAUUAUUACCACGAAUUAGAGAUGAUUUAGCAGAAUAUAAAAGAUUAAAUUUUCACUUAUAUCAAGCUUUACGAAAAGCAUUAUUUAAACCUGCUGGCUUUAUGAAAGGAAUUUUACUUCCACUUUUAGAAUCUGGAACAUGUACAUUAAGAGAAGCUGUUAUUAUUGGAUCUGUAAUUGCUAAAAAUUCAAUACCAAUUUUGCAUUCUUCAGCAGCAAUAUUAAAAAUUGCAGAAAUGGAUUAUACUGGAGCUAAUAGUAUCUUUCUCAGAAUAUUUUUAGAUAAAAAGUAUGCUCUUCCAUAUAGAGUUAUUGAUGCAGUGGUAUUUCAUUUUCUUAGAUUUGAAAGAGAUCCUAGAGAAUUGCCAGUUUUAUGGCAUCAAGCAUUAUUAACUUUUGUACAACGUUAUAAGAGUGAUAUUAGUUCAGAGCAAAAAGAGGCUUUGUUAAUAUUAUUAAGAAAACAAUCUCAUCAUACAAUCACAUCUGAAGUGAGAAGAGAAUUACAACAUGCAAAAUGCAGAGAUUUAGAAAUGACAGAACCUAAACUAGAACCUAUGAUUCAUUAGAUAUUGAUUAAAUUUUUCAUUUAAAAUUUUUCAUAAAAAUAUAUAUCUUUUUUAAUACAUA